AUGGACUCUGGCUGGUCGACCAUCAGUGUGGACCAUCCCAGUGUGGACCAUCCCAGUGUGGACCAUCCCAGUGUGGACCAUCCCAGUGUGGACCAUCCCAGUGUGGACCAUCCCAGUGUGGACCAUCCCAGUGUGGACCAUCCUAGUGUGGACCAUCCUAGUGUGGACCAUCCCAGUGUGGACCAUCCUAGUGUGGACCAUCCCAGUGUGGACCAUCCUAGUGUGGACCAUCCCAGUGUGGACCAUCCUAGUGUGGACCAUCCUAGUGUGGACCAUCCCAGUGGACCAUCCUAUGUGGACCAUCCUAGUGUGGACCAUCCUAGUGUGGACCAUCCUAGUGUGGACCAUCCCAGUGUGGACCAUCCUAGUGUGGACCAUCCUAGUGUGGACCAUCCGAUGUGGACCAUCCUAGUGUGGACCAUCCUAGUGUGGACCAUCAGUGUGGACCAUCCCAGUGUGGACCAUCCUAGUGUGGACCAUCCUAGUGUGGACCAUCCCAGUGUGGACCAUCCUAGUGUGGACCAUCCAUGUGGACCAUCUAGUGUGGACCAUCCCAGUGUGGACCAUCUAGUGUGGAGCAUCCUAGUGUGGACCAUCCCAGUGUGGACCAUCCUAGUGUGGAGUAUCCUAGUGUGGAGCAUCCUAGUGUGGACCAUCCCGGUGGACCAUCCUAGUGUGGACCAUCCUAGUGUGGACCAUCCUAGUGUGGACCAUCCUAGUGUGGACCAUCCUAGUGUGGACCAUCCCAGUGUGGACCAUCCCAGUGUGGACCAUCCUAGUGUGGACCAUCCCAGUGUGGACCAUCCUAGUGUGGACCAUCCCAGUGUGGACCAUCCUAGUGUGGAGCAUCCUAGUGUGGAGCAUCCUAGUGUGGACCAUCCCAGUGUGGACCAUCCUAGUGUGGACCAUCCUAGUGUGGAGCAUCCUAGUGUGGACCAUCCCAGUGUGGACCAUCCUAGUGUGGACCAUCCAGUGUGGACCAUCCUGGUGUGGACCAUCCCAGUGUGGACCAUCCCAGUGUGGACCAUCCUAGUGUGGACCAUCCCAUGUGGACCAUCCCAGUGUGGACCAUCCCAGUGUGGACCAUCUAGUGUGGAGCAUCCUAGUGUGGACCAUCCCAGUGUGGAGCAUCCUAGUGUGGAGCAUCCUAGUGGACCAUCCAGUGUGGACCAUCCCAGUGUGGACCAUCCUAGUGUGGACCAUCUAGUGUGGACCAUCCUAGUGUGGACCAUCCAGUGUGGACCAUCCAGUGUGGACCAUCCUAGUGUGGACCAUCCCAGUGUGGACCAGUGUGGACAGUUGAUUCUAAAUGAUCUUUAUUGA